AUGGCCGACACCGCGUCGCCACGCAAGCCUGAGCCCCGUGAGGAUCCCCCAACCCUCAAACCAGAGCAGAACGGUGUCCAUGAACCGCAGUCAGGCGAACGACUGUCCAACGGUGGUUCUGUGGUCGUUCAAACAAAUGGACACCAUCCCGAAAACGCGGCCCUGGCCCCAAACGGACACGAUGCUGAAAAUCACGACCCCGACGACUCCGAACGCCCGGCCAAGCGACAGAGAACUCGAGAUACGACGCCGACAUCCAGUGCACGAAAGCCAAAGCCGAUAUCCCCACCUUGGAAGCAGGCGGCUGCAGAUGGACCAACGUCUUUCACGGAGAACGGCCGUCGCAAGUCCGGGCGCAUCAAUCUGCUUCCCUUGGACCUGCAACCACCAGCUAAAAGACGCACAACUAGAGGUUCUCUUGGUGGACAGACCAAGACGCCCAAAAAGGGGGAACGAUCGGCGUCAUCACGCUUAUCGCGAACAGCAGCAGCAACCCCUGUUUCGCGCCAGACUCGCAAAUCGUCAAUCUCACAGCCUGCUCCAAACUCCUCAUCAAAAUCAUCAGCCAAGAAAUCAGCUGCAACACCAAAAUCCGCGACACGGGCUCGAAGGCGCUCGCCUUCUCCUCCCCCAGUUUACACACGUCACUCCACACGACCGACCCGAUCAUCUCGACACACCGAUACCGACAUUAACGAUGGAAUCGAUUUGAAACGAUCACCCCGAAACGUUUUGCGUGCUCUUGGCUCUGGAGAGAUACCACUAGUACACCCUGGCCAAGUACCAAAACGACCCAAGCUCGGCGCCAGCUUCGAAGAUUUUUGGGCGCGUGCUGGUGGUCUUCCAGUUGAGGAAGGUGGGCUACAAGCCUCAGAAGAUGGCCCAUACUAUACAGACGAACUGGCUCUGAGAGAUGCCAGAAUAAUCAUGAGAAUUGAAGACGAGUUAACUCCUGGUGGCUUACUUGCGCCUGGCCGCUGCUCAUUGUUUGCGCCAGAAGGAGACGACGAUGUUCCCAGGCAGUGGGCCCGUCAAGAUCACCUAGUAAAGGCCGUCGCAAAUUUCCGGAAGCUGCUUGUGGCAGAACAGCAGCGGCAUAGAUUCGUCGCCAAAAAGCUUGCAGAAGCCUGCCGCGAUGAAUGGAUACGACGGCAGCCGAAGUCAGCAGAACAAUUGGAGGCGGAAGCCCGAGAAUUAUGCCUUGCUCGAUACAAACAAGUCUUGAAAGCUAUGACCGGUACUUGGGAGAAUGUGCGCGCCUACGUUAACAAACAGCGCCUCGAGGAAUGGGAAGUCGAAGAACAGAAGCGAGUCAAAGCUGCUUUGAACGAAGCAGUAAAUCUCUCUGAGCAGAAGCUUCAAGCUCGACGAGCUGGUCUUGACUCGGAGCCGCUGUCUGACGAUGACGGUUUUGAUGAUCUCAGCGAUGAUAUGAGCGACGACAUCAGUGUCCUCGAGCAGGGUGACUCUGAUCUAGCAUCCGACGAAGGUAGCGAAAACGACUCCGACGAAGACAGCGAUGUCAUGUCAUCUUCGGAAGACGAGGACGGCGAGGAUGUCAAGGAUGCUGCGGAUGAGGGACUGACGCAAGAGCAAUUGCGCUUGAAAUACGCCAACAUUCCCGACUUAGACCCCGGUAGCAACGAAGAUGCCACAGACGCGCCUACUGAUGCACCCACCGACGCUGCGACGACACAACUUGGUGCAGAAACAACUGAUGUCGGUGCCGAGACGACUGACGAAUCGAUUGAUAUGGAUGAUGACCUAGGGUCCAGCGACAUGGGCGAAGCUGCUGGCAGUGGCGAGUCGGAGGAAGAAGUAUCUGAAGAUGACGUUGGGGGCAUGCUGGGACUCUUGUUUGACAAAUCGGAGCUUAAGAAGCUUGAGCAAGAAGUCGAUAGUGAAGCACCUACAGCUGCAGAUGACGAUUACCAACCAGCUUUGACAGUCGACGCUGAACAGGAACAGUCCGACUUUAGCGAUGCUUUCGAGGAUGACGACGAAGUCACUCUGAUACAACACCCGGAUGCGUUUGAAAAAGCCGAAAUGCAGCCAGCGGAUAACCAGCCUACCGUAGAGCAGCCAGUUGAAAAGAGCGAGAUUAAAAGCUUGGUGAACGGCGAACACAGCGAUGAAGAGAACCUGCCUACGAGCCCGGUUGAAGCUGAUGCGAUGGACUUGGACGAAGAGCCGGUGGAAGAAGAGGCUGUACCAGUGGCAGCGCAACCAGAGGAGGAUAUGGAAACAAUGGUGGAUGUAGGUGGAGAGGAAGAUCUUGAGCACAAUCUCGUGAGCCCCAAGACAGAUGAGAUCUCGAACCCGCGAAUGUCGCAGCCCAGCCAGUCGCCAGAUACGACUAAUGCUAAGGCUUCCGAAGUGGAAUCGCUUUCGGCGCUUGUGCCAAUCAAGAGCACUGUGGAUGAGACCAGAUCGGAGUCUCCCAGCAAACAAUCGACAAACAAGACUGAGGUACCUUUCCUGUUGCGAGGUACUCUGCGUGAGUACCAGCGAGAUGGGUUGGACUGGCUCGCAGGACUGUAUGCCAAUCACACGAAUGGUAUCCUGGCAGAUGAAAUGGGUCUAGGCAAGACGAUUCAGACAAUUGCUCUUCUGGCUCAUCUGGCCGAUCAACAUGAAGUUUGGGGACCGCAUCUGGUUAUUGUGCCAACCAGUGUCAUGCUCAACUGGGAGAUGGAAUUCAAAAAGUGGUGCCCUGGAUUCAAGAUUCUCGCCUACUACGGUACCCAAGACGAAAGAAAGAGAAAGCGACAAGGAUGGAAUAACGAUGAUGUAUGGAACGUGUGCAUCACCUCGUACCAGCUGGUGCUCCAGGACCAGCAAGUGUUCAAACGUCGGCGAUGGCAUUACAUGAUUCUGGACGAAGCGCACAACAUCAAGAACUUCAAGUCACAGCGAUGGCAGACUUUGCUCGGUUUCAAUACCCGAGCUCGAUUGUUGCUCACUGGCACGCCACUCCAAAACAACCUAACGGAACUUUGGUCAUUACUCUUUUUCCUCAUGCCUGCACAAAAUGGCGAGGGCGGGUUCGCGGACCUUCAAGAGUUCCACGAGUGGUUUCACAAGCCUGAAUCUCAGAUCUUGGAGAGUGGACGCGAGCAGAUGGACGAGGAAGCCAAGGCCAUCAUCUCCAAGCUCCACAAAGUCCUACGACCAUAUCUGCUGCGGCGGUUGAAGGCCGAUGUGGAGAAGCAGAUGCCAGCCAAGUAUGAGCACGUUGAAUUCUGCCGACUUUCGAAGCGUCAACGUGAAUUAUAUGACGGCUUCCUUUCCCGAUCCGAUACGAAGGAAACACUGUCGUCUGGCAACUACCUGUCCAUCAUCAACUGCCUGAUGCAACUGCGUAAAGUGUGCAAUCAUCCGGAUCUAUUCAUCGACCGGCCGAUUAUGACGUCGUUUCGCCAAAGAAGCUCAGUACCGGCAGAGUAUCAAGUGACAGAGCAGCGUGUGCAGCGGAUUCUAUUGAAAGACAAUCCCAUGCGUAAAGUUGACCUUGGUUUCCUCAAUCUAGUGCCGACGAAGCAUGAGUCGCAGUCGAGUGCUGCCUGUGAUCGUGUUGCUCAGCUCAGCUCGUACCGCAUCAUGAUUGAUAUGAAAGAAGCGCAGCGUGUUCGGGCACAGCUCGCAUAUUCGGACUUGGAUCCUCUGACGGUGGCGUCCACUGUGGGCUAUCUAGAGAGCGCUUCGCGCUGGGGCAGAUUCGAGGAACUGCAGCAUUCAGUUUAUGUCAAUGCGCUUCGGCGCCAGCAGAAGCCCAUAUAUGGAUCCAACUUGGUACAAAUGCUGACAAUGGAUGCGCAUAAACGACCUUGUCGACCUCGCCCAAAGCUAUCCAAGUUCAUCAUGCGCUGGUUCGAGGAUGAGUCGUCGUAUAUCAAUGCACUUACGCCUAGCCUGGAUGAGCGUGCAGAUGAGUACAAGCUACUGAUUGAAAAGUUCACAUGUGUGACGCCAGCAGUGGUGACGAGAGACAUGAACGAGGUCUUGCUAGGUCGCAAGGCUGCCGUGCGCUUUACUGACGAGGACUUGAAGCUGUCUGCACCAGUGCGUUGGGCACCAUUUUUGCCAAAGCAGACGCCGCCGGACCCGUGGCACGAAGCAAGAAUGCGGCAUACGAUCCAAUUCCCAGACAAGCGGCUACUCCAGUAUGAUUGCGGAAAGUUGCAAGCUCUCGACAAACUCUUGCGCAAGCUGCAGUCUGGAGGCCACCGUGCGCUCAUCUUCACGCAAAUGACAAAGGUACUGGAUAUUCUAGAGCAAUUUCUGAAUAUCCACGGACAUAAAUACCUGCGACUGGAUGGUGCGACCAAAGUUGAGCAACGCCAAAUUCUGACUGAUCGUUUCAACCGGGACCCACGCAUUUUGUGCUUUAUUCUAUCGACGCGAUCUGGUGGACUGGGCAUCAACCUGACUGGUGCGGAUACGGUCAUCUUCUACGACCAGGAUUGGAAUCCAGCCAUGGACAAGCAGUGCCAGGAUCGAUGUCAUCGCAUUGGCCAGACGCGAGAUGUGCAUAUUUACCGACUGGUCAGCGAGCACACGAUUGAGGCCAAUAUUCUGCGUAAGGCGUCGCAGAAGCAGAUGCUCGACGAUGUUGUCAUCCAAGAGGGAGAGUUUACUACAGACUACUUCAAUAAACUGUCCAUCAAGGAUGUGUUGGCGGACAAGGUCGACAACACAAGCGAAGGGGUGUCUGCGGCAGAUGCUGCUUUGGAUCGUGUGCUGGGCGGCCCAGAUAGCAGCCGUGAUCAGCGUACCGUGGGCAGAGCGCUGGAGCAGGCCGAAGACCGAGAAGAUGUGGCGGCGGCUCGUGUAGCCGAAAAGGAAAUACACGACGACGAUGCUGAUUUCACGGAAAAGGCGAGCGGCCAAGCGUCGGGAGCCUCGACAGCACGGCAAGGAACGCCGCUGGACAAGGCAGACGUGGAAUUUGGCGAGGACGGGCAAGUGGUGGAGGUGGAGCUUAAUGCGUACGGGGAGCGGAUAGGAACGAUUGACGAGUUUAUGCUGGCGUUUAUGCGGGAAGCGCUGCGGUACACUAAGCUGGAUCUGCCUAGGGAUAAAAAGAAGGCGAAGAAGAAGGGUAAGGAUACGCGAAAGCGGUGA